AUGAAGACGACUUGGAAGGAUAUCCCGCCUGUGCCCACGAGCCAGGAAUUUCUGGAUGUCGUCCUCAGUCGCACGCAGAGACAGCUUCCUACCCAGAUCCGUGCCGGCUUCAAGAUCAGCCGUAUCAGAGGGUUCUACACUCGAAAGGUCAAAUUCACCCAGGAGACCUUCUGCGAAAAAUUCCAGGCGAUUCUCGAUGGAUUUCCCAGAUUGCAGGAUAUUCAUCCCUUCCACAAGGAUUUGAUGAACACCCUGUACGAUGCCGAUCAUUUCAGAAUCGCCCUCGGUCAAGUAUCCACAGCCAAGCAUCUUAUCGAAACCGUCUCUCGCGACUAUGUCCGUCUCAUCAAGUACGCCCAGUCGCUGUUCCAGUGCAAGCAGCUCAAGCGUGCUGGUCUGGGUCGCAUGGCCACCAUCUGCAGACGUCUGAAGGAUCCCCUUGUCUACCUCGAGCAGGUUCGCCAGCACUUGGGUCGUCUCCCCGCGAUCGAUCCCAAUACCCGCACUCUCCUGAUCUGCGGUUACCCCAACGUCGGAAAGUCCAGUUUCCUGCGCAGCAUCACUCGCGCCGAUGUCGACGUCCAGCCCUAUGCUUUCACCACCAAGAGUUUGUUCGUCGGUCAUUUUGACUACAAGUAUCUGCGAUUCCAGGCUAUUGAUACCCCUGGUAUCCUGGACCACCCCCUGGAGGAGAUGAACACGAUUGAAAUGCAGUCCAUCACCGCCAUUGCGCAUUUGCGCUCCGCUAUCAUGUACUUCAUGGAUCUCUCGGAGCAGUGUGGUUACUCGGUGGCCGACCAGAUCAAGCUCUUCCACAGCAUUCGCCCUCUGUUUGCCAACAAGAUCGUUUUCCUUGUCGUCAACAAGAUUGAUGUCAGACGGCCUGAGGACCUGGAGCCCGAAUACCAGGAGGAACUCCAGAAGAUUCUCAAGUCCGGUGAUGUCGAGCUGCUGCAAUUGUCGUGCGCCACUACCGAAGGCGUCACAGCGGUGAAGAACGCUGCAUGUGACAAGCUUCUGGCCGAGAGAGUCGCGCAGAAGCUCAAGUCCGGAUCCAACAGCGCCGGUACCCCUGGCGGACGUUUGGGCGACGUGCUCGCCCGUAUCCACGUGGCACAGCCUGUUGGCGGUGUGCGCGAGGCCUUCAUUCCCGAUGCGGUGAAGACAUUGCAGAAGUACGACAAGGACGACCCGAACCGGAAGAAGCUCGAGCGCGACAUCGAGGAGGAGAACGGCGGUGCUGGUGUUUACAAUAUCGACCUCAAGAAGAACUACACUCUGGCCGACGACGAAUGGAAGCACGACAAGAUCCCCGAGGUGUGGAACGGCAAGAAUAUCUACGACUUUGUGGAUCCGGAUAUCGAGCAGAAGCUGGCUGCUCUGGAGGAAGAGGAGGAGAAGCUGGAAGCGGAUGGCUACUACGACUCGGACGAGAGUGUCGAAGAUGUCGAGGAUGCCGACAACCGCAUGAAGGCGGAACUGAUUCGCGAGAAGCGGGCCCUGAUGCGCAACGAUGCCAAGCUGCGCAAGUCGCUCAAGAACCGGGCAGCCAUCCCCCGCAGCGCCAAGGCGAAGAAGCUGUCGCAGAUGGAGCAGGCUCUGGACGCGGCCGGAUACGAUGUCGACGCCGCUGCUGCCCGUGCGCGGUCCCACAGCCAGGUGCGCGGCCGCACCACCACCCGCAGCGAGAUCGACACCAACGACGCUAUGGACAUCGAUCCCUCGGAUCCUCGCCAGGCAAUUGCUCGGGCCAAGAGCCGUGCCCGCAGCCAGGCGGCCACCAACCGUCUGAUGGACGGUGUGACCGACACAACAUCCCGCACCAAGGCGGAGCGUCUGCUCAAGUUGGGACAGAAGAAGAACAACCGGAUGGCCAGACAAGGAGAAGCGGAUCGUCACACGACCGCCUCUCUUCCCAAGCAUUUGUACACCGGAAAGCGUACGAUCGGCAAGACACAACGCCGGUAA